UCAACAACAAAGAUGGCUGCCGAUAGACGCUAACUUCAAUUUGACAAGUGAAGGGUAAAUCAUGUAACGGUACGAUCCCAAAUCUGUUUGAAACGGUCUUGACAAAAGCAGAUUUCAUUCGAAUAGAAAUAAACAACCCUGCAGGUAUCUGAAGACACUAGGCUAACCUGUGAUCACCUACUCCAGAAGUUUAGACUGAAGGAGCGUGCCUGACCUCUGACCCCUGACCUCCAGUCCCAUCAUGGUGCUGAAGAUUUUCUUCCCUCAGUGCUGUAACAAGGCAGACAGUGGGCUGCUUGUGGGGCGAUGGAUCCCAGGACAGAACUCGGCCGUGGUGCUAGCUGUUAUCCACUACCCCUUCAUCCCUGGACAGGUCAAGCAGUACAUCCACCAGAUGCGUGGCCAGAGUGGGGUGGAUCUGACGGUGCUGGGCUCGUGGAGCAUGCCCAAGGAGGGCCAGGAGGGCAUGGAGAGUUUCCUCAGGGACCUCAGCACCAUCUUCCCCCAGGGACAGUGGCUCCAGCUCAGUAGAGAGAUGGGCAAGAUAGGCUUCAGGUGUCACGUCCUCACAAGGGACCAGAAUGGGAAGCUGAUACAACAAGAAAAGGAGCUGAAAGAGGAUGUAGGAACAAAGAGAGGAGGAGAGAAGGACAAGGUGAUCUUUAUCCACUAUGAACAGAGGAAGGUCAUGCUGUCUCAGCUGCACCCCAUAGAGAACGGGGUUCCUGACCCUCAAACUGAGUCACAACUACCACAGGUGUUUGGGACAGUGUGUCAGAGUGAGCCGCUGUUCUUCCUGGAUAAGUAUGAUGACGGUCCAGUGAAGAUGACCCACUGGCAAUCAGAGGGACGGGAGGGAUCCAUUAUAGUAGAACUGAUGAAACAGGCCUCGACACCGCUCUGUCUGCUAACCACCUGGAUGCUAACACUGUGGACCAGCCUCUGUAGUAGCAGGAUAUUGAAUGUGCACCCGAUGAGGUUCAUAUCCAGUAAGUUGUCUACGUGUGUUCAGCUGAGCUACAGAACAGAACACCUUCAGACAGUCUGCUCUCCUACCAGAGCCACCGCACACAACCACUUCAUGAGGAAAGCCAAUAUCUUUGUGUCGUUCUUUGUGGAUGUGUCUCUGGGCCUGCUGCUGGUGUCGUGGAUGUAUAGAGAGAACCGUAUAGGCAAACUGGCCAACACACUGGUACCUGCUGCUGACCAUGUAGCUAAAGAGCUGGAGGAGCUGUUGCAGUGGCUGAUGGGAGCUCCAGCUGGUCUGAAGAUGAACCGGGCUCUAGACCAGGUGUUAGGACGAUUCUUCCUCUACCAUAUACACCUGUGGAUCAGCUACAUUCACCUGAUGUCUCCGUUCGUUGAGAUGAUUCUGUGGUACGUGGGUCUGUCUGCCUGCCUGGGCUUGACCUUUGCCCUCUCCCUGCUCUCUGACAUCACCGCCCUGCUCACCUUCCACAUCUACUGUUUCUACGUCUAUGGAGCCAGGCUGUAUUGUAUGACAGUAUAUGGUCUGUCCUCUCUGUGGAGGCUGUUCAGGGGGAAGAAAUGGAAUGUCCUCAGACAGAGAGUAGACUCCUGCUCUUAUGACCUGGACCAGUUGUUCAUAGGGACGUUACUCUUCACCAUCCUGCUGUUCCUCCUGCCAACCACAGCUCUAUACUACCUAGUGUUUACCCUGCUCCGCCUUGUGGUAGUAAUGUUCCAGGGAGUUCUCCACCUCAGUGUUGACUUCAUCAACUCCUUCCCUCUGUUCGCCAUGGGCCUCCGACUCUUCAGAUCCUACAGACUGGCAGAGGGGGUGAAGUUCAGAGUGCUCUGUGAGGAACCAGGAACACCUCUACACCUUAUGAUGGAUAUUAACCCUCUGAAGGCGAGCAGUGUGGUUCAGACCUACAGGACCCCCACCUACAGCUGCUACCCUAAAGACUCCUGGCUGGCUCUCUGCAAGAAGCUGUUCCUGGGAGAACUCAUCUACCCCUGGAGACACAAGACUACCAAGAUAGACUAGGAGACACAAGACUACCAAGAUAGACUAGGACCAGGGGAGAGAGACAAAGGGGAGAGAUGGGGAGAGAGAGAUGGGGGAGGCUGUUUCUGGGAGAACUCAUCUACCCCUGGAGACACCACCAAGAUCAACUGAGACCAGGGGAGAGACAGAAUAGAGAAGGGGGGAGA